AUGGCCGCCACGGCGAUAUGGAAGAGCUUCCACCUGGAGGAGGAAUACCGCCGGCUCAUGGGCGACAGGGCCGCCGCGCUGGAGUGUUACCCGAGCGGUGAGGGGCGGCGCGUCAUCGCGGCGACCAAUGUGUUCGCCUCCGACCCGUACGCGCUGCCGCACGGUACCGAUGCGAGGGUCCGCGAGCUGUACCCGAGCCUGGUGGAGCUGAGCCGGGAGUCUUGCUACGUCUCCGAAGUUGGCCUGGAGAAGAUGGCCGCCGAGCUGCGCAGCUCUGGCACCUAUGCGGCGUCGAUGGCGGCGCCCAGGAGCCUGCCACCCAUCGAGCCCUUCAUGAUGUCGUCGCCAGCGGUGACCCGUCGCAUGCGGCCGGAGCCCCGGUUGUCGACACGGCCGGAGCCUCAGAGCGUCGUGAGGCCGGCGUACCUCCGCAGCGACACUGGCCGAAUGCCAGGCACGAGGGCUAACGAUGUGCUGAACGAGAGCGUGGACCGGUUCGCGACGAACGCCGCGGCAACCCUCGUCGGCAAUUGCAACAUUUUCGACACCGACAGCUACCGCAGGGGGGCACUGGGAUCCAGCAUCCCGCUGAACGAGCAGUCCUUGCUCACGCCGGUGCGGGCGCCUAGAAGCCAGUUCAACUUCCAGAAGGAGUUCCUGAGCGCCUUCCAGCCGGGCGUGGAGUCCGGCAACGACUACGGUGCCCUGGAGACUCCGGUGGUGGACCGAGCCGCGUCAAACAACGCUACCGUGAACGUGGAUACGCUGGUGUCGCCGUUUCCGUGGGAGAAGAGCGCGAACUUGGCAAGGGCGCAGGAGUUCGGCUACACACCCCGCGGAAGGGCCGGCGAGGCCAGCGAGCAGAAGUACCCGAGCUAUCUCUCGGGCGAUCUGAACCGUGCAAACGGAUCUGUGGUAAGGCCUCUAAGGCGUGUGGAAGACCCGGUAAGCCUGUUCGACUCGACGCGUCCGCGCAGGAUAAGCAGCACCGUCGCUCCCGGCGGCAGGGACUCGAGCGCCACGGGAUUCAACGUGAGAUCGCCCCUACGAUCUCUGAUGCGCGAGAGUGAUCACAGCUACGGCUACAAAAACUCGCAUACUACGCCGCGGUCGCUGUAUCACAACCUUCUUUAG